AUGGGGAAAAAGUCUACCCGGGCAUCGCUCGCGGGCGCAAGCCAAACGACCGCCGCUGCAACAGGGCAGACGCCUGAGAAGGCGGUUCGCGCUCCUGCUGCUUGGACGCAACCCGCAUCUGGGCCCACCUCAGCUUCUGGGUCUGCAUCUGCGUCCACAUCGGCGGUACCGCCCGCGCUGCAGGUCAUUGUCUUGGGCUCCGGUGGGGGGCCAUUAGAAAAUAACGUAACUGCCUUUCUUGUGCGCUCCCUCGCAUCAGACUGGGCUCAGGGCUCGGUUGUGGCCGUUGACGCAGGUGUCCAUCUCAGCGCCAUCAAGGCCAUCCUAGAUGAGACACAACCAGCCAACCUCGGCCAGCCUGAUGGCCCGUCACUUCCCCAUACGCUCACCACGGGCCCGUUUGCCGGUCUUGAGGUCCAGUGCACCUCUGCCGAAGCAAACGCGGCGCAAAUACAUAAAAAUCUGAUCGAAACGUACCUCAUCACCCACCCUCAUCUCGACCAUAUUGCCGGUUUCGUUAUCAACACCGCCGGCCUACCUGGCGCCCGCCCCAAGCGCGUUGCCGGACUCCCCAGCACCAUCGCCGCUCUUAAGACCCACGUGUUCAACAAUAUCAUAUGGCCCAAUCUGAGCGACGAAAAUAAUGGUGCUGGGCUCGUGACCUACAUGCGGUUGGUUGAGGGCGGGUCGCCAGCCUUUGGUGAAGGUGAAACGCAGGGCUAUCUUGAGAUAUGCAACGGCUUGGCCGUCAAGGUCUGGAGCGUCAGCCAUGGGCACUGCAUCGAGCGACACAACCACCGCGGCAGCAGCAGCACCCGCCAUAACAGCAUCGAUGUCGCUCCCACAGGCCAAGGCGGUGGCGUCGGCCCAUUCCAGCCCACGCCGUCCCCGUCAUCUCGCGUCUUCCCGACACAUCCCUCGCUACCUGCCAACAUCUUACACCCACACGAACGUUUCCAUGCCUCGCCCGCAGCAACGAGCCGACGUGGGAGUGCGUACUCGGUUGGCGCAUCGGCGAUUGUGGACGAGUCGGUCUGUGUGUAUGACAGCUCGGUGUAUUUUGUGCGGGAUACCGCCUCGGGCCGGGAGAUCCUCAUGUUUGGUGAUGUUGAACCAGAUAGUAUUAGCCUGUCACCGCGCAACGCGGAGGUGUGGGAACAGGCCGCGCUCAAGAUUGUCACAGGUCAUCUCGCGGCGAUUUUUAUCGAGUGUAGCUACGACGACUCGCGGUCUGUGGAUCUACUGUUUGGGCAUCUCACGCCGCGGUACAUCGCCGAGGAGAUGACGGCCCUCGCGAGGGCGGUUGUGGCCGCCCGCCAGGAGAGGGACACACCCGCCGUCACGGUGUCCGCACCGGUAUCUAUGUCACACCCCUCUGCGUCUCACCCGCAUAACCAAAGCCAAAUCCAUCACCAUACCCUGCGUAACGCACGCGCCGGACCCGUGUUCCUCCCAGCCAUCGACAAAAAACGCAAACGCAUCUCCGACGAAGGAUCCCGGGCCAAACGCAAAAAUACGCCACAGCCGGCCACCCUCGCUCCACCCACUCAUACCGACCUCACCGAUAGCGUCAGCGGGGGGGUGGAUGCCCCGGUUUCCCCCCGGAGCCAGCAUCCGCCGCCACUUAUCAACCCGACAACGAGCUCGGCGCCGGACUCGGACCACCCUCCCCAGGCACCGUCGGCUCAGGAGCAAAGACAGACUAGUGUACCUGUGCAUCCGCUACGGAAUACGGUGGCCCAGUUGGGAGAAGACGGGGAUGGCGGCGAACGAGAUGACGAGAAGGAAAGAGAUGGUGUAUGUGAGGAACAUGAAGGGACUUCUGACGACAGCAAAGGGAAUAACCCCAUCCUGGACAAUGUCCUUGCCGGGCUACGCGUGAUCAUCAUCCACGUUAAAGAGCGCAUGACCGACGACCCGCCCGCAGGAGAUGUCAUUUUAGCCGAGCUGCUCACACACGAAGAGCAGGGGCGUUUGGGCGUGGAGUAUGUACUGAGUAAAAAAGGUGCGGAGUUUUUGUUUUAG